AAUUGAAUGGGUCCAAAAUGGACUGUGGUGACUUUUCUGGACAGUCAGCAGAACAUACUUGUUCAGCUCAACCUCUUCCAUUCAAUCUUAUAUAUACAGCAUCUUCUUCCUUCUCCAAAUAUCAUAGCAGAGCAGCAAUGUUCUCCAUGCCUCCGCUCUACAUAUUAUCACUCGGGCUUCUCCUCUUCCACACUACUCCUUGGUGUUCCUCCUUUGCAGCCGCAUACAAUGAUACUCUCAUGGAAGGCCAAGUGCUCGCUGUCGGGGGCAAGCUCUUCUCGAGAAACAGCAAGUUCGCGCUUGGCUUCUUCCAGUUCCAGCCAGCAAGCACCAUCAGUAAGUCGUCUCAGAACACCGCAUCUCCCAGCCCUAGCUUGUGGUACCUUGGCAUAUGGUUCAAUAAGAUCCCAGUUUGCACUUCUGUAUGGGUUGCUAAUAGGGAUCAGCCCAUCGCUGACCCCAUCAUCAACCAAACACGGUUCAAGAUAUCAAGUGAUGGCAAUCUUGUCAUUGUAAACCAUGCCGCCAACAAUGAAUCCAUUGUUUGGUCCACCCGCGUUGUAAAUAAUAGGACACACCUCAGCAGAAACUACACUAGUACUGCCGUUCUCUUGAACAGUGGAAACCUUGCCCUCAAAGAGAGCCCGUCAUCCGCCCUACCGGUGUGGCAGAGCUUCGACUACCUAACAGAUGUUAUACUUCCUGGUGCAAAGUUUGGCCGGAACAAGGUCACUGGUUUCAGUCACCAGGCCAUCUCAAAGAAGAGCCUCAUUGAUCCGGGUCCUGGCUCAUACAGCUAUGAACUAGAACAGACCAAGGGGCUCGUCCUCAAGCGUCUCAAUCCCUUGGUAGAAUAUUGGCUUUAUGCAUCCUCCACAAAAUCAUCGUUCAAUCUUGUACCAAUGCUCAAGGCAGUGCUAGAUAUGGAUCCACGCACCAAAGGCUUGAUGAACCCAACAUAUGUUAAUAACGACCAAGAGGAGUACUACAUGUACACUUCACUUGAUGAGUCGUCUUCCUUUUUUAUCUCACUAGACAUCUCUGGUCAGGAAAAGCUGAAUCUUUGGUCGCAAGCUAAUCAAUCUUGGCAAACCAUAUAUGCCUCACCUAACAAUCCCUGCAUUCCUCCUGCUACUUGUGGACCUUACACGGUCUGCAAUGGCAAUGCACAGCUAUCCUGUGACUGUAUGAAGAGCUUCUCUCAGCAAUCACCGCAAGAUUGGGAGUUUGAGGACCGAACAGGAGGAUGCAUCAGAGAUACACCAUUACAUUGCACUAGUGACAGAAACAUCACAAGUUCAACAGACAUGUUCCACCCAAUUGCUCAAGUUACAUUGCCCUACAACCCGCAGAGCAUAGUCGUUGCUUCUACUCAGAUCAAAUGUGAAGAAGCUUGUCUCAGUUCCUGCUCCUGCACUGCUUACUCCUAUAAGAAUAACAUAUGCUAUGUCUGGAAUGGGGAAUUGCUUAGCGUAAAUCUGAACAACGGCAUUGAUAUCACUUCUGAAGAUGUUCUUUACCUCCGUCUUUCUGCCAAAGAUUUCUUGCCAAGUUUGAGAAAAAACAAAAUAAAACCAAAUGUUGGAGUUGUUACUGUCACAAGCAUUGUUGGGUUUGGGCUACUCAUGCUCCUGUUGUUGCUGUUACUGAAUUGGAGGAACAAAUUCAUGUGGUGUGGUUUGCUGCCAUUAUACUAUGACACUCAAGGUAGUGCCGGCGGGAUUAUAGCCUUCAAAUAUACUGAUUUAGUUAGUGCUACUAAAAACUUCUCUGAAAAGAUAGGUGUUGGAAGUUUUGGUUCUGUAUACAAGGGGGUGUUAAGUGACUCGAAGACUAUUGUAGCAGUGAAAAGGCUUGAUGGGGCCCGUCAAGGAGAGAAGCAAUUCAGGGCUGAGGUGAGCUCAGUUGGACUUAUCCAACACAUAAACCUAGUCAAAUUGAUUGGUUUCUGCUGCGAAGGUGAUCACAGAUUACUUGUGUAUGAACACAUGUUAAAUGGGUCUCUUGAUGGUCAUCUGUUUAAGAAGAGAAAUGAUGCCACUGAUGUCCUAAAUUGGAACAUCAGAUAUCAGAUAUCCCUAGGAGUUGCUAGAGGACUGUCCUACUUGCAUCAUUGUUGUCAUGAGAGCAUCAUACACUGCGAUAUUAAGCCAGAGAACAUACUUGUGGAUGCAUCAUUUAUUCCUAAAGUUGCAGACUUUGGGCUGGCAGCAUUUGUGGGAAGGGAUUUUAGCCGAAUUCUGACUUCAUUCAGAGGAACUGCAGGUUAUCUUGCCCCAGAGUGGCUUAGCGGAGUGGCAAUCACACCGAAAGUCGACGUCUACGGCUUCGGCAUGGUACUGCUGGAAAUAAUAUCAGGAAGGAGGAAUUCGUCACCUCAAACAUCACACAAUACUAGGAGCAGCAGCAGUUACCAACAUGAUGAAUAUUUCCCUGUGCAAGCCAUCAGCAAGCUUCAUGGUGGAGAUGUGAAGAGUAUAGUGGAUCCACGUUUACAUGGUGGCUUCAAUUUGGAAGAGGCUGAAAGGGUUUGCAAAGUUGCAUGUUGGUGCAUCCAAGAUAAUGAGGUCGAUCGGCCAACGAUGGGUGAAGUGGUCCGGGUCCUCGAGGGUCUACAGGAGAUCGAUAUGCCCCCUAUGCCAAGACUCCUUGCAGCUCUAACAGAACAAUCUGAUGCUGCAACUUCAGUGUACUCCCUCCGAUCCAAUUUGGUUGUCGUUCAAACGGAUGUAUAUAGCACUGAAAUACGUCGAGAUACAUCUGUUUCAGCAACAACUAAUAUUUAUCGGAGGGAGUAAUAAACUUAAUUCAUAGAGAGUAGGCCGCUUUGUCUCAGCAAAAAAAAAUAAAAAUUGAGGUUCUAUUGUUGAGGAGAAGGAAUAAAGGAAGCAAGCACUGAGCAAAAUAUGGCCAUACUAUAGUUGUGUCACUUGUAAGCUGGGAUAGUUGAUAUAUGUAUUUAUACUUGCGGCAUUCAUAGAGAUGUGUCACUUGUAAGCUGCUUCUUCAUUACUUUGAUGGUAAACUUGGACAACAAGGAGUUAACACAACCAACAGGAACAAAGAGAUGCAUGUUCUCAGACAACUUGUAAAGGAAAUACUGCACUAUGUUCUCAAGAGCAGA